AUGGCGCCGGCGGUGGGGAUCAAGCGGACCGCCGCGGCGCAGGCCGUCGCGGUGCAGGCGCCGCCGCCGCCGCCGCCCGACGCGCGGCUGGUGCGCGAGGCCGUGCGGACCUCCACGAUCGCCGAGGCCGUCGCGCCCGCGGCCCUGGAAGCGCCCGCGCCCGCGCUCGAGGGCUUCCUCUGCCUCGAGGAGGUGGAGGGCCGGCGGUGGAAGUACGUGGUGGAUGCGGCCCCCGGGAAGGGCAAGGGGAAGGGCCGGGGCAGGGGCGGGUCCGCCGUCCCCCUCGGGGCCUCCGUCCGGGCCGUGCCGCUCCAGUCGCCGCUCCCGCCCGCCGAGGAAAUAAUGGCGUUCGUAAGAUCGUAUGUUGUGCCUGAAGGGUUUCCAGACAGUGUUACUCCUUCAUACGUCCCAUACAUGACCUGGAGAGCUCUCAAGCAUUUUUUUGGUGGAGCAAUGGGUGUGUUCACAACAAGAACCUUGCUGAGCUCCGUCGGAGUCUCUCAAAGCAAGGUUACCCCGGGUGCCAUUGCUAUCAACUGGAUCCUCAAGGACGGUGCUGGACGUGUUGGAAAAAUGCUUUUUGCACGACAAGGAAAGAAGUUUGACAAUGACCUAAAGCAGCUCCGCUUUUCUAGUGAUCUCUUGCUGGAGAUAGGUGCUGGGAUAGAGUUAGCUACUGCAGCCUUCCCUCAGUUUUUCUUGCCUAUGGCUUGCGUUGCAAAUGUUGUAAAGAAUGUCGCUGCUGUUACGUCGACGUCAACUCGCACCCCAAUCUAUAAGGCAUAUGCAAGAGGAGAAAAUAUUGGAGAUGUGACUGCUAAAGGCGAAUCCGUCGGGAACAUUGCAGAUCUGCUGGGCACUGGUUUGAGCAUCUUUAUCACAAAGCGGAACCCAUCGUUGGUGACUUCAUUUGCCCUGCUAUCAUGUGGAUAUCUCCUGAGUUCAUAUCAUGAGGUGAGGUCUGUCGUGCUGAAUACCCUAAACAGGGCAAGGUUUACUGUUGCAGUGGAUUCCUUUAUUAAGACAGGGUAUGUUCCUUCGUUGAAGGAAGGAAACUCGCAGGAGACAAUAUUUAUUCAUCCUUGGCGGCAUGAGCCAGUUUCAAUAGGAUCACGAUUUGGAGAAGCAUUUCAAGAACCUGUUUCAUUUGUUGCCACAAGGCCUUUGUUUGAGGAUGAGCGAUACAUGGUAACAUAUAACCCAACGAAGGAUAAAGUAUAUGCGUUACUCAAGGACCCAGCAAAGCCAGAUGACAUUCUCAAAGCUGCUUUCCAUGCCCAUGUGUUGCUGCAUUUCAUCAAUGUAUCACAUGAAAGGAAGAGGAUGAGCUCCAAUCGAUCAGAUCACUAUGGGAACCCGCACCCACGGAACAUGGAUUUCCUGGCACACAUCGCAGAGUCUUGCAAAAUUGUGUCGUCGUCUUACAGAACAUUCAGGAAGAAAGCAAAAGAACAGGGUUGGAUAAUGUCGGAGUCACUUCUUAACCCUGGGAAGGCCCGAUUAUGCGUCACGAGACCGCAGUGA